AUGGUCUUUUCCAAUCUAGCAAGCACUGCGGUGGCAGCAGUAGCCUUAUUAUCGACUCUGGGCGAUGCGGCACCAACUGGUUUAAUGUCGAAGCUCAAGCGACAGGACAGCCUCAAGUUUGGUUUUGGGCAAGAUAAGGUCCGAGGUGUAAAUCUUGGUGGAUGGUUCGUCCUUGAGCCUUGGAUUACACCAAGCAUAUUCGAGGCGACACCAGAUAAUGUGGUGGAUGAGUACACCUUCUGCCAGACACUAGGCAGUGUCGAGGCCGAGAAGCGCCUCCAAUCCCACUGGAGCUCCUGGAUCACCGCAGACGACUUUUCAGAAAUCGCCAAAGUCGGCCUGAAUUUCGUACGAAUCCCGAUCGGUUAUUGGUCCGUGACUCCCAACGAGGGCGACCCAUACGUCCAAGGCGCAUACGAUUAUCUCGGCCAGGCCCUCGACUGGGCAAACAACAAUGGCAUCAAGGUCAUGAUCGAUCUUCAUGGUGCUCCCCUCUCGCAAAACGGUUUCGACAACAGCGGCCAGAAGGGUGGUGUCAAGUGGACUCAAGGCGAUUCCAUCCAGCAGACCCAUAACGCAUUGAACAAGAUCCGAGACGAUCAUGCAGGCCAUCCAGCAGUCGCCGCUAUUGAGUUGGUUAACGAGCCCAUGGGUCCUAGUCUCGACAUGGAUACCGUCCGCCAGUUCUACAUGGACGGAUGGGGAGCGCUCGAUGGUUCCAACGUUGCCGUAACCUUCCAUGAUGCCUUCGAAGGUGUCAAUGCCUGGAACGACUGGGGUAACGGGAUGUGGGCUCUCCUGCUCGACACCCACCACUACGAAGUCUUCGACAACGGCCAGCUGCAAAUGAGCGUGCAAGAUCAUCAGUCUACUGCCUGUGCCUUCGGCUCCUCCAUGGCGACGAACAACAAGUGGACCAUCGCGGGCGAGUGGUCAGGCGCCAUGACAGAUUGUGCCCAGUGGCUCAACGGCCGUGGUGUCGGUGCUCGCUAUGAUGGCUCGUACCAGGUCAACGGCCAGGGUAGCUCAUACAUUGGGUCUUGUGAUGGCAAGUACUCCGGCACUGUAUCCGGACUUGAUAAAGCCGAUUACGAAAACAUCAAGAACUUCAUCAGCACCCAGAUCUCCGCUUUCGAGAAGGCUGAUGGAUGGAUAUUCUGGACCUGGAAGAACGAGGCUGCUCCUGAGUGGCAUUUCAAGGACCUCAUCGCAGGAGGUCUCGUACCACAACCCUUCUCGUCCGCCAGCGGAUGCUAG